UGUUGGGUGAGGAGGGCGGGAUAUAAAUAUUGUAAUAAAUAAAUAAACUCGCUUUGCAAAAAAGGAAGGGAGCACUUUGGAAAAAGGAAGGGACCAAACUGGCUUUGCAAAAAAGAAGGAAAGAAGAAAGGAAGGAAGGAGUUUGCAAAAAGCAAGGAAGGAAGGAGUUUGCAAAAAGGGACUAAACUCACUUUGCAAAAAAGGAAGGGAGGACUUUGCAAAAAGGAAGGGACCAAACUGGCUUUGCAAAAAAGGAAAGGAGGACUUUGCAAAAAGGAAGGGACUAAACUCUCUUUGCAAAAAAGGAAGGGAGGACUGCAAAAAGGAAGGGACCAAACUGGCUUUGCAAAAAAAAGGAAGGUAGGGAGGGAGACACUAAGCUGCCUUUGCAAAGAAAGAAGGAAGGAAAGGAAAGAAAGAGGGAAGGACCAUACCACCUCUCUAAUUUUAUUUAUUUCUUUAAGCAGGUCACUAGUUUAGUAGAUGGUGGGAAUGCUGUAAAUGUAAUUCAUCUUUCAGCCAAGUCUUUGACAAGGUCCCCCAUGAUAUUUUGAAGAGGAAACCAAUUAAGUAUCUAAUUAACACAAACACCAGCAGGUGGGAUAAUAACUCGUUGGGAAAUCAGGUGCAAAAGAGUUGUAAUCAAUGGCUUCAAACUGGAAGGAAAUGUCUGACAGAGUGCCAAAUGGAGUGCAUCUACAUUGUAGAUUUAAUGCAGUUUGACACAACUUUCACUGCCACGGCUCAAUGCUAGAGAAUCCAAGGAGUUGUAGUUUUGGAGAGGCCCAGCACUCAGGACAGAGAAGGCCUAAGACCUUGUGAAACUACAAAUCUCAUCAUUCCAAAUGCUAAAGCAUUUUGGAGCAAACAGAGGAAUUGAUCAGCAACUGAACAUCCUAGAGACAAUUCACCAUGAUUUAUAGGACAUGUAGGGACUGGGAUGUAUAGUUCACCUGCAAUCUAAGAGCACUCUGAACUCCACCAACAAUGGACCUGGAACUAACUUGGCACACAGAGCUCCCAUGGCCAACAAAACAUACUGGAGGUCUUUGGAGGGAUUGAUAGGAGUUGUAGUUCACCUACAUCCAGCAUGUACUAUGAACCCAAACAAUGACAGAUUUGGCCCAAACUUGACAUGCAUACUCCAUGUGACGGCGCGAUUGGCACCAUCUAUAUGUCGAACUGGUUUUGGGCUGACAGAACCCCAGUUCAUGAAGCGGCCAGGGGAGGAGAGACGGUCCAACUGCGAGAGCUCAUUGAGAAUGGUGCCUGCGUCAACCUGGUCACCUUUGACUCCAUCACGCCGCUGCAUGAGGCCAGUCUCCGGGGACAGACGCAGUGCGUGGAAAUGCUCCUUGCCGCCGGAGCCCAGGUUGAUGCUCGGAACAUCGAUGGGAGCACCCCACUCUGCGACGCUUGUGCUUCUGGGAGCAUUGACUGUGUGAAGGUCCUGCUCUCCCACGGGGCCAAGGUCAACCCGCCCCUCUACACCGCCUCCCCCCUCCACGAGGCCUGCAUGAAUGGCAGCGCCGAGUGUGUUCGCCUCCUGAUUGACAUGGGUGCAAACCUGGAAGCUCACGACUGCCACUUCGGCACCCCGUUGCAUGUGGCGUGUGCCAGAGAGCACCUGGAUUGUGUGAAGAUUUUGCUCAAUGCAGGAGCCAAUGUGAAUGCUGCCAAACUCCACGAGACCGCCCUCCACCACGCUGCCAAAGUGAAAAACGCCGAUCUGGUGGAGAUGCUGGUCGAAUUUGGAGGGAACAUUUGGGCCCGGGACAACCAAGGGAGGAAGCCUUCCGACUACACCUGGAGCAGCAGCCCCGCAGCCAAGUGCUUUGAGCAUUACGAAAGAACCCCACUGAGCUUGUCCCAGCUCUGCCGACUCAGCCUGAGACGAGCCAUUGGCCAGCGUGGCCUGCAGAAGGUGGCCCAGCUCCACAUCCCUCCUCGAUUAAUCGAAUUCGUCUCCUACAAGUGAUCGGCUGUCAAAAGGGCAAAGACACCACCGCCUGGAUGCACGGCACUACAAGACUGUGGUCACGCUAAAUCUCCGGCCACCUGUCCUUCCCUUCCCCCUAAGACUUGGCUUCCAUUUAACGGAUGUAAAUACUAAUUAUGAGCGAUUGGUAAUGUAAAGACUGGCUGACGGGGUCCCUUGUGACAGCCCGUCCUAAGAGAGCACUUUGCAAUUUUACGGUGCUUUUUCGGAGCACACGGAAACAGUACGGCAACUUGCACUUUUCUUAUUAUCCCAGCAUUCCGGCUGGGAAAGGAUACCUCACUUGCACUGGGACUGGAAACAUUGUUCCACAGCUCCUUCUCGUAAUGGCAUGAAUGCCCACAAGUUGGCAGAAAUGGCCUUUUAUCAGAGCAAUACACAUUUGGCAUCCUUUGGCCCCUUUGCAUGCUGGGCCCCCACGGUUUGCUCCUUCCAAUAAAACUGGAAUCUCUCAA